AUGUGUUACAGUACCAAAGGAUCUAUGGAGGCAACACGGCUCCAACUUUUGGAAGAGGCCUCCUGGAAUGAUGAAUCGAAGCGAAAAUUAUACAGCACGCCGCUGUUCCCCGGUUUUCCAUGGUACACCGCGACUUCACCUCCUAAGGAGCGCGAACAACCUACGCGGCGCUUUGUCGUCCCGUAUUUUUUUACGUUUCGCGUUUUCGUAAAGGGUCGUUGGGUGGGCCGUGAGCUGGUGGAUGUUUACUCCGAGGAGCAUGUUCAUCACUCCCGCAGUUACUACGAGGCUUGCGUGGAAAAGGGACGCUUGCAGAAAAUCUCGCGAUCGAGGUGCAAUGUCCGACGGAAUCACAUGAAACGAUCUCACACUGCGGGCGAGCCGAGUGGAGCAGAUGCCAGUGCUGGGGAUUCAUCUAAUGCGAACGGACCACUUCAGCAUGGGGACGUUGUUCUUCAUUCGGUCCACCGACAUGAAAUCCCCGUGCGUAUGGGCGCCACGGGCGUCGAGCCCAUAGUUCUAGCGGCGGUGCGUAUUUGUGAAUAUGGAAUUCUGGUUGUGCACAAACCUGCCGGUUUGCCGACUCAUGCAAGUGGCAGGUAUUUCAUGAAUUCCUGCACAGCUAUGCUGGAAUACGUCCUUGCGCCAAGACGUCUGCAUGCAUGGCUUGUAGAGAAGGAUCCACUCCUGCAAUCGUUGGUUUCUACUAUUCACCUUACUGGGAGGGAGCGGGAUGAGCUGCUGGCGUAUUAUCUCACGGAUUCAAUGGAAGAAGACACGGUGCCUAUUGAGCGGCUCCCGCGGCCCUGCCAUAGGUUGGAUAAAGUAACAUCUGGUGUGCUUCUCUUGGGAAUCUCGAAGGUAGCAGCGCGGCGCGUUGGAGAAGCGCUUAUGAGUAAGACGCGGCAGAUGGAGGAGAUUCUGCCACGGCGAUCCCGCUUUGAGAGCGACGAGGGGACGAUUACUUUUGAUAAGUUGCACAUGUCCGGCGCCACAGUCAGGAAACGGUACUUGGCGCGGGUUCGUGGCUGUUUCCCGGAAAAUUCUAUGAAGAUACGAUUUGAAAAUUGUCCUGGGGAUAAAAAUAAGGAAGGCGUGCUAGCUGACAGCAAUGAGAAAGAUACCACAUGCCCCAUUAACGGUGGCUUGUUAAUUGUUACCAAAAACUCUCAUGAAGGGCGCAGAGAUGCAACUGAUGGGAUGAACGUAAAGACUUUUGUGAAUUCAGUUGGUGUACCGGUUCUUUUCACCUCUCCGUUGCGGCAGUACAGGUUCAGUGAAAAUGAAACGAUAUAUGAAGAUUUGAAUGAAUCGUAUGGGACCCCUAUCAAGGAAAUGUUUUGUCAGGAUGCUAUGACGCUGUGUCAGCCGCUACGGCACUAUCAGAGUGAUCACUCCCACCAUAAAGAUGCAGGAACGAACACCGAAAGUCUUGUCCACUGCGUGCCAUUCUCUGGUCGCAUGCAUCAGAUUCGUAUCCACCUUAGUGAUUGGGGACAUCCCAUUGUUGGGGAUGUGACAUACAAUACAAAUGAGCGAGGGCAUGAUAGGCAAACUUUUUACUUUUGCGUAGACGAGUUGCCAAAAUCUUUUCGUGACAGAUUUUAUGCUUCCGACGAGUUGUGCUGGGAGUGUGGUGGGAAACUUCCUGUGGCUUCUUUUGAUGGUUCCAAUGGGUCCCGCGUUGCCUUGCACGCCUGGCGGUACGAAAUGGAGCAUAAAUCUUUACUUGCCUGCUCGGAUGUGGUCGACUCCGAAAGCAUCACCGAAGGUCAAAUUUUGGGGUACGGUGAGGGCCCACCGCCCAGUUUGGAGUGCUGCUAUGAAGACGCAGUGCGUAUGGAUGUGGGUUUUGUGCAGCGGCAGGGACCAGUUGUUAUUUUUCUUGCACCUCCGCCACCUUGGGUUGUAGAGUAA